AUGGAAACCUCCCUUCGCCGGCGCAGAUCGGAGCGCCAAGAGCCAGAUGCUCCAGAUGCUGCUCAGGCAGAGGCUUUGGCGGCAAUCCCGGAGAAGGACUCGGAAGGUCCGCCAAGGGCUGAGAUUUCGGAAUCUCACCCUUUCUGGAGUGAAAGGGCGAAGGCCGAGGUGGAGUUGCAGAAAGCCCGCCCGAAGAACCUGAACGAGGCUAGGAAGACUCCGGAGGUAAGGGUCAAUGAAGAUGUUUUGGAGCCUAGCUACGACAUGGAGUCUGGUGGAAAGGGGAAAGGUGCUCCUCCAACUUCAGAGGUUAUUCGUGCGGCUAGUGGGCUGGCAGACAGUCAUGGAACAAGGGGCCGAGGAGGUCUUUUUCCGGAGCCAACAGGUCGUGGAGGUCUGUUUCAGGAGCCAACAGGGGAAGGCCGAGGACUUUCAUUUGGAAAACCUGGAUUCUCGGGACCCCAAGAGCCUACUGACUGGAUGUCAAUGUCACCUAUGAAGCCUGAACAAAGCUUGAAGACCUUGAACAAUGAACCCUCUGACGAUCGGCGAUCUGUGCCGGUGCUGGAGACUGGACGGAGAACUUCGCCUGAGGAGGCAUCUGAGCCUUCUGGAGGUCAGCAAGUUCGGAACUUUUCGGUUUCUGAGGUACUUGAUCCGAGAGUUGUGGGGGCUUCAAGGGGCAUUCUUCAGGAUUCGGGAGUUGGAUCUUCCAACCAAGGGACCCCAGAGGUCUCUACAACUGUCGGGGAUGGUGCUUCAGAACGGAGGGUUCCGAACAGGUCUCACCUAGAGGUCGAAACCGGUAGCGCGAGAUUAGGGAACGAAAGGGCUGAGAGCGUCAGUGAAGACGCAGCAAGGAGGUCUAUCCCUCUGUCUCCGGAAGCCCAGAGGUCCCAGAAGAGUUCGGCCUAUGAGAUCCCAGAUCCCUCAGAGCAACAUUUCGAAAUUGUUAGACUACGGUCUUUGGUUGAGCAUCUCCAUGAUAGGCUAGAGAAAGCGGAGGCUGAACGUAGUACGAGAGGAUCCAGAUCUUUUGGGUCGGCCUCUUCUGGGCGUAGGGUAGAGGAACUAGAGCUCAAGGGCCAAAGGGUAAACUUUCAGUCUGAGGAGGGUUAUCCUUUGCCCCCGGUGCCACCUCUGCCUCCUUUCGCCUCUGAGGGGUGGUCUUCCUGGAAUGCUUCGGACCCCCUUCAUUCCACUCACGACCUGGUUUUGGGUCAAGAGCCUCCACGUCAGUCCUCCCUCGAUAUGGAUUUUGGCCCAUCUGUUCACUCCCCGAUGGCUUUUCCCGGGGACAUGGUGCCUUUGACUUCAACUGCGAGUGCUCCUGGGGCUACCCUUUCGCCUUCUGAGGUUCCGUCUAUGGACUUUGGACUUCACUCUUUUACAGGGCCCCCAGGAGUCCAAUCCUCUUCAGGGAUUCCCAAUCCCGUUUCUCCUUCCGAGGUUCCUUCGAUGGACUUUGGACUUCAUCCUGCCGCGGGUGCUGGACCUCAGUACUUCGCUCUGUCUCCCCGUGCCCAGUUGCCGACUUCGUCUGGUGUAAUAAGGGUUAUGGGAGUUAAUCAUAGCUGGAAGGUGGUUAAUGGUUCGUUGGUUUUAGAGCCUGUGGACUUCGUCCCUCCUCCUCCUCCGCAGUGGACUUCGCCCUUGGUCGCAGCUCCGCCCACUCCUGGGGCGUGGAGCAACAGUCCAUCUCCUCCUAAGUAUCCUGCGUUUGGAGCACAACUUCCAUUGCCAUCCUGCCAUGCUGUCUCCUCCUGCGCGGGAGCGGCAAUGCCUCGAUACCAAUCGCCUCCUCCGAGGCCUCCUUCGUCCACUCCGCCUCCGAGCCCACCGGCCCCUUCGGGUUUAAGUCUUCCCAUAGCUGCCCCGCCGGUUGGAAAUAGUGGUCGGGUUGAUGUUAAGGACCUUAGGCCUGAGGCUGUGGGUAAACAUGUAAGUUCCCUACCGUCCCUAGAGGCCUACAACCCUAACAACCCCACCGCGCUUGGAGAUUGGAUCGCAGUGGUCCAGCCGAUGAUUUCUUCACUGUCAGACACCGGAAGUGUCUGGUGGGGUUAUACAUACCAGGCAGCCAACCAGGCCUAUGUGCGGUGGCUAUCCACCUCCCCGCUUGAAAGGCUGUCGAUCCAGAAGGAGUUUGAUCAAGUAAACUUGGUGCAGCCCCAGCAUGCCUUGCUGGAACAGCGGUGCGUGACCUUGAUUCUUCAGGCGAUCCCGGAUGCUGUGAGGGUUGACAUUGUCGCCUCACGCCACCUGAGUGUGGCAGGAAUGAUCUUCCGUCUGAUGACGGUGUUUCAGCCCGGGGGAGCGUCAGAACGAUCAACCAUGUUGCGUUUUUUGGUGACGCCGAAGGCUGCUUCCACCUUGUCGGAGGCUGCAAAGCUGCUUAGGCAGUGGACCCAAUGGCGUAUGCGCCUGAAGCAACUGCAUGCUGCAGAGCCUGACACUACGCUUUUGGUUAAGGGUCUAGAUGUUCUGACAGGAAGGGUGUUGCAAAAGCACUCAGCGAGUCUCUUCCGGCUUGCCACUUUCCGCGAGCGGCUUGGGGUUGACUACCAGCCGACCUCCGACGCUGUGUCGGAGUUGUGUCGAAUGAUGCAGGCGGAGGUGGAGCAUCUGAUGCACUCCACAGAUGACAAUCCUGUGAAGGAUGAGGUUCCGGGCCGAGGGGAUGAUGCUAAGAAGCAGCGCUUGCAGCGCUUGCAGACGUCUCCGAAUACCCCGAAGGCCAAGACUUCUCCCGCGGGACCCAAGACGCAGGGUGCAGGCAUGAAGCCUUGCAGAAGCUGGCUAACAGCUGGCGGUUGCGCGUAUGGGUCGUCCUGUCAGUUUUUCCAUGACCAGGAUGAGGAAAAGAUGCGGGGCCGAUGCUUCAGUUGCAGUGCCGAAGAUCACUGGGCAGACUCAUGCCCGGUGAAAGCCAGGUUGAAGGCGGAGGCUAAGGCCGCCAAUGAGGAUCAGGGGGAUGGCAAUGCAGCCAUCAAUGCAGAAAUCUUGAGUGUGCUAAGGUCGAUCAAGACCAAGGCUUUGCGGCUUAGUGCUGUGAGCAACCCGACGGGCUACGGCUUGUUGGAUAGCGGGGCCUCCGCUUCUCUCCGCCAGGCAUCGCCUCAGGAAAUCCAGGAGUCCCGCCCGGUAACCGUGUCUCUCGCUGUCGGCGAAGCUCUGAUGCAUGUGAACUCCGCCGGGACUUUGUUGGUCAGGGAGUCAGAGUGGGUUGCAGCCCAUGUGGCGGCAGAUUCGUGCAGCGAAAGUGAGUUGCAGCUGAUCGUUAAGACCCUCUUUCCCGGGCUCCCAGAACGGUUAGCGUCUCAGGUUGCGGUGAGUCCCACCUUUGAUCCCUCCUGCGUUCCUUUCAACCGCCGGACCAGGAGGCAGCUGUUUGACCCUCAGGUCCCAACCUUGGUGCAUCUGUUUGCUGGAAAGCAGCGGUGGCGACAUUCUGUCGGUCAAGUGCUUGAGGUCGAUAUCUCCAGAGGAUCGGACCUUCUUUCUGAUGAUGUGUUUGGCAUGCUGCUGCGGGCAGCCACCCUGGGUGUCAUCGAUGGGGUCGUAUGUGGCCCUCCGAGCAGGACCUUCAAUCCUGAAGCCCUGGCGUCUUCCUCUAAUGGCUUGAAGUUUAGAGGGGAAGAAGGGGAUGAUAGGUUUGGGUUUUCAGACCUUAGCCCUGCCGAUCAUGCUUUGGUUGAUCGGGACACCCUGUUGUUCCUUCGGUCCCUGCUGUUGACCUUUGUGGCCUCGUGUGCCAAAGAGAAGUUCUUCAACUGCUUGGAAAUGCGUGAGACUUCUACUGCGUGGGAAUGGCCCGAGUAUGAGAAUGUUUCUGUGUGUCUGGGGGGAUGGACCGCCAGCUUCGAUCAGGGCACUCUUGGCCAUCCCUGCUCUAAGGCCACUGCAGUGUAUACCAGCAGCUUUCAGCUGUAUGAGUCUCUUCAUGAGUUGAAGCUCCCUCCAGAGGUGAUUGAAGCCCCAGCUCAUAACUUCUAUGGUAAGGAGUGGGCUCCUGGGCUUGUUAGCCGGGUUUUGCGUGCCUGGGAUGACUACUGCUGUGUCAGCUUUGAGCGCCUGCAGGCUCACACCCGUGAGCGAGAAGGACUCCUUCUCAACUUGUGCCAGGAAGCCACUGUGGCUAAGAUGUCACCCGAGGUUUGGGAAAGACACUGCCAGGCAGAUCACUUGCCGUAUCGCAACGACUGCCCGAUUUGCAUCCAAGGAGCUUCUCGCGACCGCUCCCACUUCACGAAGCAUCCGCAUCUGUUUGAGCUCGGUCCAUACCACAAGGGCCGUGACUUCGGGGGAGCGUGCAGGUAUUUUGUGAUUUUCACAAUAAGGGUGCCGGUAAAAAGUGAUAAGAAGGAGUGGCGAGAUAAGUCUUCUGAGAUAGCUUUUCAAGAAAAGGUUGAUGAGGCUAAGGCCCAGGAUAAAGAGGAUCCCCAUGCAAGCUUGAUCUACCAACCGGUGCAUGUUACCGGAGAGCCCUUAAAGGGGGAUGCUGAGCAGCCUUCUCGGGUUAAGGUGUACACAAAGCUUGGGGAUGAUUUCCUUGAAGAGCCAAGCUCGGCCGUCGGUGUUCCUUCCACGCCGGGGGAGGAUGACUCAGCUCUUCCUGUGAGCUUUGAGGUUAAAUCUCCUCACAAGCCUCCGCCGCUUCAGCCUGAGGGCAGUGACUCUGAUGAUGGUCAAGAGUUUGUGACUUUGGUGUGGGCAGAGCCUCUAAAGACCCGCCAGUCCUUCAAUGUGCAGCUUGCGAUCAUGCGUGCUGUUGCUCGCCUUCGAGCGUUUGGCAUUCCGUGCUUCCGUUUCCAUAGUGACCGGGCACGUGAGUACUUGAGUGAUUCGCUUGAAAGGUUUCUGGCCGAGCAGGGCAUUCACUCCACAAGGACAGCCCCUGAGGAUCAUCCCUCAAACGGCGCCGCUGAGGUCGCGAUUCGAGAAGUCAAGCGGGCGGCCCGCAGAGCUCUUCUUUCGGCGAACCUGCCUUCGUGCCAUUGGCCCACGGCAGUGAGACAUGCCGGAGAAGUGAUGUGGCGUAAGGGCAUUGUUCGUUUGGGUGGUGCGGCCAGGUCCUUGCUGGCUUACGGCACACCUGUUGAGGCUCGCAAGCGCCUUCGCCACAGGGAUGUUUGGAUGUCCCGAACACGGUCUGGGGUUCUGAUUGGCCCCGCUCCGCAGACUUUGUCUUCAUACCUUGUGCUGUUUGAGGAUGACACGGUGUGCAUUACUUCGGCGGUGUAUCCUGUUGAUUACCGGCCGCGCUCUCCGUCUGAGCCUGCUGAGCCUCCUCUUCGGCCGAAGCCUUUGUCGGGCUCCAGCACAGGUGCGUUUUUGCCGACACCCCACUACCGUCACGGCUCUAAGGGCCCUUCUGUUCGGGUCACAUUGCAAGGCCCUUCUCUUCUCUUCCUGCUGCGGGGGGGAUGA